CAUGCAUUAAUUUGUUUCCUGUCCUCUGCUGUUUUGUCUCUUGUUUUUAGUUAAUGCUGAAAACCCACCUACGGCUGUGGUUGGGAAAUUGGUUCACUUGCUCGAUCGGACCCAGAUUUUCAGGAGGAGCUGGAGCUAAUGAAACUGUGUGAGGAAGCUGUGACCUUGAUCCGAUCUAAUCAACAGCUUGAAAAUGACCUCAAUCUCAUGGACCUCAAGAUUGGACUGCUAGUGAAGAACAGAAUGACACUGCAGGAUGUUGUUUCUCAUAGCAAAAAUCUUAGCAAGGAGAACAAGGAACAGCUCUGUGACGUGAUGACGCUGAACGAGCAAAAGGGAGGUUUGAAAGCUUUGAGCAAAGAGGAGAGGGAAAAGCUGGAAGCCUAUCAGCAUCUUUUCUACUUGAGUGUUGAGGCGCUGUCUGUCUUUGUGGUGUUGGCUUUUGUGGACACGUGCUGUAUGGGAACUGCUGAGUCAUGGCCUGAACCUCUGAUUGAUCACCUGAGGCGAGCAGUGAGUCAGGCAGAGGAGCACAGGUGAAGGCAAUGCAGCUGUGCUGCUGGAAGGGGUGCAGCCAGGCUACAGCCCUCCUAGACCUGUUUAAGAGCUGGCUGCCAGUGGGGAAGGAUCUCGUCUGGAGAUCUGCUCUGCUGGAGUUUUGUAAGUGAGCCCAGGAUAGGGGUAAGCCUUCUAUUUAUUCUCCUUUUGUUAGCUUAGUCUGCUUUGUCAAACUCUCUUGUUUAUUUCAUAAUGACAACAUCUUAAUAGUCAUUGAUUAUACACGUGCACUAAGUACUUUUUCUUCUUG